CGUCUUGUCGGGGUAAUUAGGCUUCUACCGAAUGUAGUUCCAAAGAAACUUAUCGUAAAUGGCAUCGAGCGAAUAAGCUCUUUAUGUUAUCAUUAACAUACGUACUGUUUCACUGUCUGUAAAUAAUAUUAUCUUUAAGUGUACGUUCAUGUACAUUUGGGCCUUUAGUUAAAUGAGAAUUAUGUGGUCAGCGUCUACCAGUGACCACACCAUAAACGUACCAAUACACUAGAACCUGUUGAAGCCUUCGCAUGCACACCCUAUAAUGAGCAAGUCCAAACAGCAGAUACAAUAGAGGAAAUAAAGAAACUGUCUCUUCAAAAUGUGAAAACAGUGAAGUGGAUAUGUACAUCAGGGAAAACUGCAUUAUCCCAUUUGCUAAAGGGCAAACCAGCUGCUCUCAAUUACCCCCGUCCACAGCCUGUCCCCUGAAACCAGGGUCAUGUGUCUACCUUCAUCCUGGCCCACAACAAAAGAUCUGUUGUCACAGAUCCCGCUUACAGCCCCAAAAAGACCUCUUUCCUAAUUAAAGUCACAAGCACUAACAGCCCAAACUGUGGGACGAUGCAGCAUUUGUAUAGGCUUAUGCUGUGUGCUCGUUCUUCCAGGCGAUCUUAGCAGCAGGAUGGUCUAGUGGGAAACUAAAUUUCGAACCGGUGGAUAUAUUAAUGACAGCAAGGAAACACUGUUGAAAUCACAGAGGAACUACGAGAAUAUGGGGGUCUUCAGGUACUGGUUGUCAGUUUUCGUCGUGGGAUUGCUCUUCUCCAGAGCACAACCUGAUGAGACCUCGUUCAACCUGGUCGGAUUGCUGAGGAGCCUCUCUUCUGGGAUACUCGUCCGCGACGUGCCCGUCGUGAUUGACAUUCCAGUGGAACUCGAGAGAGACUCCCACGAUGAGGAAGAAGAGGAAUGGGAGCAUAACGACAUCCUACAAGAGCCAGAGCUCACCCAGGCCUCUGUGAUUCCCGACGCCAAACCCACGCAGCAGGGACCCAAAGUCUUAACUAAGGAUGGCAUCGUUAAGGGCAUAACCGUGGACAAGGCGAACAUAUUUUACGGCAUCCCAUACGCGAGUCCGCCGGUGGCCGCCUACCGCUGGAAACCGCCCAGACCUAUGACCCCCUGGAAAGGGGAGUACGACGGCACCUAUCCCAGGCCUGCCUGCAUGCAAGGUUGCAUUGGGCCCAUGUCUGUUGAGUGUCCAGCUAAGGUGAGUGAGGACUGUCUCUUCCUCAACAUCUUUGUCCCUCGGAAUGUUGACUUCGCUUCCCCCCUGCGCUCCACUUUGCCCGUGAUGGUGUGGAUCCACGGUGGGGACUUCAUCGCCGGCACAGCCACCAAGCCACUGUACGACAGCCGCUUCAUCAGCAACUUCACCCACACCGUGGUGGUGAGCGUGGCCUAUCGUCUGGGGGCUUUUGGUUUCCUGGUUUCGGGUAAAGAUCCCAAGACCUCGUCUGUAGGGAAUUAUGGGAUUUUGGAUCAGCAGGCAGCCCUCAUUUGGAUCCAGCAGAACAUAGCUAUGUUUGGAGGUGACCCGAGCAAGGUGACGAUAUUUGGAGAGAGCGCAGGAGCCCAGAGCGUGAGUCUGCACCUGAUGAUCCAGAGCAGUAAGCCCCUCUUCAGGCAGGCCGUCUUCCAGAGUCUGCCCUUCUCUAUCCCCCUCAAGACCAGACACGAUGCCCUGAAGCUGGGGAAGGACUUUGCCAAGCUGGCCAACUGCUCAGCGAAGGACAUUGUGUGCCUGCUGUCCCUUAGUCCCCAGGCUGUCCUUGCCGCGCAGAUGAAAUCCAGCUCAAAGGUGAUCAAUCCAUUCCGAUUCCUAGAGAUCUUUGAGACUUGGGGACCGUACAUCGAUGGAGAACUCAUCAAAGAGCAGGCCGUGACCGCCUUCCAGAAAGGACACUGGCACAAAGAGAAACCAGUGCUUUUGGGCACCACGUCAGAGGAGGGGGUAAUAUUCGUGUUUGGGGUCUUUACCAAACCCGUGUCUCCAGUGGAGUGCACAGUCUACACCACGGCCAUCUUUAAACAGCACACCCUCCGCAUCCUACGCAAGUACCUGCCCCUGUACAAGGAUGCAGACCGCAGGGUCAUGCUGUCACAGAUCGUGACCGACUACGUGUUCCUGUGCCCGUCCCGCCGUGCGGCACGUGCAGGCGCCCUGGCGGGCAGCUCGGUCUGGAUGUACGUUUUUGACCACGUGGCGAGCGACCCGCGCGUCUGGUCGGGCAUGUCCAUGUGCUACCAGCACGUGUGCCACGGCGCCGAGCUGCCCUUCCUCUUUGACACGGCCGCCAUGGGCAACUUCUCGCUGCGGCCGCCUGAGCGCUUGCUCUCCAACCGCAUGCUGUGCUACUGGGGCGCCUUCGCGCACGCCGGCAACCCCAGCUCGCGCUUCCAGCAGAGCAACUUCUGCCUGCAGCAGCAGCCGCCCGCCUGGCCGCAGUACGCCGGCUCGUCCGGGUGGCACGUGAUGAACUUCACCGUGCACUCGCACGCCCAGGCCGGCUCGCGCAAUGACAUAUGCGACUUCUGGGACAAGCUGGGGAUCUACUGAGUCCCCCCUCAGGGGGUGGGGGGGUGGGUAGGCGGGUAGGUGCCCCCUCAGGGGGCGGGAGGGUGGGUAGGACUCAGGGUUGGUGACUCAGGUAUGUCUGAGAUGAGGCGAAGCUGAGUCAAUGUGAUGGGGAUAUCAGGUGACCUGUGGUGAGAUGGCGUGUAUAGUAACAGGGCUGCUGCGAUGCGCAUGUCCAGAGAGUUCGAGGUAUGUAUGGUUCCGUUUGCCCUUUGUCCAAGUCCUUUGAGUGUAGGUCGUUACGCUCAAGCGGUUUUGGCUAGUACGGUUGUAGGAUUAGUUAGGCACACUCGCUGGCUCAGCACCUGCUCAGCGCAAGCGCAACAUAUUAGUAAACUGCGAUCGACCACCCUUUAGUCCGUGCACCGACAGGUUCGUUCACCUCUGACCCCCCCGUGGACAAGAGGUGGCGAGAGAUUUGUGUGCUGCGAAGCCCUACUGAUAAUGACUGCAACCCAGUGAGCUUUAAGAGACAUUCUCGAGGAAGAGGAAGCUUAAAAGGACAAAAAGAGAGAGACAUUGAAAGCCCUAUCUGAUUUUUUUCUAUCCUUCUAUAUACCUAUACAAAUCAUUGCUUCUAUUCCUGUAACUGUGCCUGUCAUUUUUAAAUUUUGUAGUAUUUUUUACAUACAUUUCUGAAUUACCUGCCCUAUCCUUCAAAGAUGAAAAGGGUCCUCACAACAUUCUCCUACGCUCAAUAUCCUGCUGUACAGAAUUAAAUCUCUCUCUCACUAGACAUUUUUAUUUCAGAAGACUGUGCAGGUAAAAUCAUUUAAAAAAACCUUGUGUGUGUUGAUGAAGAGCUUGGGUGCGCAUUAAGAAUAAAUAAUUUUAAAAAAUGAAUCCAUGUUAUGUUACUCGCACGCUGCAUCCUGAGGUGCUUCUAUGUUCUUUGUAAUCAGAUGAGAGUAAAAAUAAAACCUUUCAAGUGAAAACCUAUACUCCCUUUCUUGUGUGGAUCUUUCAUAUAAUCAUCCAGUUGCCUUCAGAGUGUUUUAGAUGAAUUGAGUGUGUAGUUGUUAACCAGUCAUUGGUCUCCAAAAAAAGGAGAUAUAAUGAGAUAUCUCAACAUGUGAAGUGCUUCUG